UUGCCCUUGUUCUCCCUUUCAAAUCAAAUGUCACAUUGAGUCGAACCCAGCGUUGGAAGCAUGCGGCGACCUGCAGCACAUCAGCCCUGCGCAAUGUAUCCAUCAAACUGGAAGGAAGCCCAAAACCAAAGCUCCGCUGGCCAAGAUGCAUCCUCUGCAGAAACCCCAAGUACCUCCUAAGCCUGUCCAUCUCAAACCUGGGCAGGAGAGAAUUCCUCCUGCACCUUCUCGGCCUCUACCAGCUGAUCCCAAGUCAUCGAGGAGCUUAGUGCCUGGAGAGGAGGAAAUACCCAUAUCAGCAGGAGUCAACACGCUCAUUGAGAAAUUUGAAAGUAUUAGGCAACCUGUACAUAUACUUCAAAGAAACCAGCUAAAUUUAGCUCUGAAGAUGGAACCUGGCCUGGACUCCUCGAAGCAGUCGAGCUCGUGCGACUGCGACGCGGCAGCUCCCAGCGGCAGCUCGGCCGUGGAGAAGAGCGAGGCAGAUGACAACGAGGCAGACGUGCCGGGCGGCGCGGACCUACCCAGCACAGACAUAAUGAAAAUUAAAGAGCUAAGCAUCGGCGAUAGCAAAAGCCACGAAGACUGCACUGCUGUGAACGUGAGCAAAGAGCCCUCGAGAGAGCUCGGCAAUAAAGACUCCACCGCGGAGCUGAGCGGUAACGGUAAAAUCCCCAACAGGGACAGUGGCAUUGACAGCCCUUCUUGCAGCGUGGCAGGGGAAACUUUCCCCAACGAAGACGGCGCAGAACAAAGGAAACCUGGCGCGGCCGGGAAUCCCGGGGACAUGGACGCGGACAAGAAGGGUGCCAAGGCUCCCUCCGCGGAGCAGAAGCGAGACUCCACGCAGGAGGAGGACAGUGACAUUGAUGAAGGAAGUAGCGAGGAACAAGAGACAGCGGAAGUGCCAAAGUUAGAGUAUUUGGAUGUAAACAAGUAUUCAGAGCCCCAGAAGCUGUUCAACAUUGCAAAUGAACUGCUCCAUACAGAAGAAGCAUAUGUUAAAAGACUCCAUCUAUUGGAUCAGGUUUUUUGCACUAAGCUGUCAGAAGCAGGUAUUUCAUCUGAAGUGAUAACAGGCAUCUUUUCAAAUAUUUCUUCCAUCUAUUGUUUCCAUGGACAAUUUCUUCUUCCUGAGCUCAAAACAAGGAUUACACAGGAAUGGAACACGAACCCCCGGCUAGGAGAUAUCCUACAAAAGCUGGCUCCUUUUCUGAAGAUGUAUGGAGAAUACGUAAAGAACUUUGACAGGGCAAUGGACAUGGUGAACACAUGUAUGCAGAGGUCUUCACCCUUCAAAGACGUUGUUCAGAAUAUACAGAAACAGGAGGUGUGCGGAAACCUGACCCUGCAGCAUCACAUGCUGGAGCCGGUGCAGCGCAUCCCCCGCUACGAGCUGCUCCUCAAGGACUACCUAAAGAAACUCCCAGAGGAGUCUCCCGACAGGAAAGAUGCCGAAAAGUCCCUGGAGCUCAUCUCUACAGCAGCCAACCAUUCGAAUGCAGCCAUACGCAAGAUGGAAAAGAUGCACAAGCUUUUGGAAGUCUACGAGCGACUUGGCGGUGAAGAGGAUAUUGUAAACCCAGCCAAUGAACUCAUUAAAGAAGGACACAUUCAGAAACUUUCAGCCAAAAACGGCACGGCGCAGGAUAGGUAUUUAUUCCUGUUUAACAGCAUGGUGCUCUACUGUGUGCCAAAACUGAGGCUGAUAGGCCAGAAGUUCAGUGUUCGAGAGAAAAUGGACAUUGCAGGACUGCAGGUCCAAGAAAUUGCCAAGCAAAAUGUGGCUCAUACGUUUUCAAUAACAGGAAAAAAGAGAUCACUGGAGCUGCAAGCCAGGACAGAAGAGGAGAAGAGGGAAUGGAUUCAGGUCAUCCAAGCAACAAUUGAAAAGCACAAGCAGAACAGUGAAACGUUUAGAGCCUUUAAUAGCUCUUUUUCUCAAGAAGAGGACCACCUCCCCGAUUCAUCAAUAGCAAGCACCAGCUCUGUCGAAUCUAUGCCAGGGGCAGAUGGUGGUGGUGCAUUUGGAGGGACUGAUUCCUGUAGGAAAUCUUCCAAAUCCAAGCGAGACAAAGAGAAACAGGCUUGCAAGAGCUGCAGCGAAAGCUUUAACUCCAUCACUAAAAGGAGACACCACUGUAAGCAGUGCGGGGCAGUGAUCUGUGCAAAAUGCUCUGAGUUUAAACCACUUGCAGACAACAGCCGCCAUAAUCGGGUGUGCAAAGACUGUUUCCUGCAGCUGCCAGGAAGCCCUUGCAGCCCUGGAUUUGAAGCAGGAGGAGAACAGAAGAAGAGACUGGCCGCAGAGAAGCAAAGCAUAUUGGCAGCUGAAAACAGCCUCUUCAGUAGCUACCUCCAAUUCCUUGAAAAAGGGAAGACUUGGCAUAAAAUGUGGGUGACCAUUCCCAAGAGUGAACCUCUUGUUUUGUAUCUGCAAGGAAGUAGCCAGGAUGGACGGAGCCCACGUCCUAUUCCUCUGCCUGGAUAUGAAGUCAGUUUACCAGGUUCAGGUGAGAAGUUUGAAGUGAAACAUGUUUUUAAGCUUUGCCAGUCCCAGCAGACUGUAUAUUUCAGUGCAGAAGACGAAGAACUGCAGGUGAAAUGGAUGGAAAUUCUCAGCAAAGCAGCCAAAGGGGAAACUGAAGAUACACCUGAAGGACUCGGCAAAUCCUAGAGCAAGUCCCAUUUAAUUUCUUUUGUACAUGCUAUCAACCAUCACUUGAAUUUGGUAUUCAUGGCACUUUGGAAUCUGUAUGGCUUUAUAUUUUCAUGUGUCUGCAUAGGAAAUUCAGUGGUUUCUCUCCUUUUAUUGUACAUUUCUCACGUACAGUAGUUAUCUGGCAUAUAUUAUGUUAAAGGAAAAGGUAGUUGUAGUUGUUGGUGGUGUUGAUGCUGGUUUUAAAACAAAAAACAAGGAGAAAAGCAUUAAUUUUAUCAAAGGUAACGGAAAAAUCAUCGGUCUCUUGUUUUCCUAAAUGUAUAUUUUCCAGUCCUUUUGAUUGCUGUUCAGUGCAGGAUGUGUAUAGUCUGUGAUUAGUUCUAUAAAUGCUGCCUUUAAGUUAAAUGUUGUAAAGGCUUGUGCUGGCCACUGACAUUCCGUUCUCUGUCGUUCCCUCCCGGUGCGAGGUCCGUGUGAAGUGUGAGCAAUGUGCUGGGUAUUUUCCUUUGCUGAAACUCUGUCUCUGCUACUUGGAGAUGACCGGUUCGCAGGACAAAUACUGUAGAAGGGACUUGUAAAAGUGACUGCCAACUGCGCAGGAAAGAACAUUCAGAAGCCUCACUGAUUUUAAGCAUUUAUGAUAUCAUUUUGUUUACUUUUGAAGCCAACACCUUCCUUACUUCUAUUUGAACCGACUUUAAUGUAAGUGAACAACUGUUUUAUACUGCAAACUGGGUUAUGAUCAAUAAACAAGAACAUUUUUAGUACAC